AUGCUUUCAGCGUCCUCGCCUGUUGAUUUUCCUCGUUCUCCUCCGACAAAACGAUCUAAACCCCACGAUCAUGACCCUCCAAAACCAAAAGCUCGAGGUCCAUUCCUCGUCGAGGACGACGAUUCCGAUUCCGAUGAUAACGAGGAAGCUGCAGACUCUACCCGUACAACGAAACGUCUAAUGACCGAAGAUCCACGAGAAAAGCCUUCAGGAACGACAUUAGAAAACGAGCAUUCAAUUGUUGAUCUUGUUGAUUCUGAACGAAACGAAGACACCCCCGAUGUACAAAUUCAAGAGCCGGUGCGCCUUAGCCAUAGACCAAUCUUUACAGGGUCUUCUAUCUUUAGUAGCCUUGUGCCAGAGCUUUUCACAGCGACAGCUUGCAAUGGUAAAGCCAAGACAAUUAAGGAACGCAAGACAACCUCUGCACCUACAUAUGAGGCGAUGGUUGCAGCUCGGUCAAAAACGAAAGAAGGACGAGCGAAACGAAGCUACUACGGGAUUGACAUCCACAAUCUUAUGAGUGCUGCCUCUGCUGAAAUCAAGAGCAAAAAGCAAGCCCCACCAGAGCCUGAACUGCCAGUACGAUCGAUCGAGCCUCAAGUUCCCGGAGGUAAAAGGCAGAAGCGGACACUUUUAUGGACGGAGAAAUAUCGAGCUCGGAGCUUCCUAGACUUAUGUGGCGAUGAUCGCACCAACCGACUGGUCUUGAAGUGGUUGAAGAAAUGGGAUCCUGUAGUAUUUCCAGGAGCAUCAAAAUCACAGCCCAUAAUCCAAAGACGGCCAGGCGCAAAGCAACAGGAAGAGGAAGAGAAGCCUCACAGGAAGAUCCUUAUGCUGACAGGACCUCCUGGAUUGGGAAAGACAACUUUGGCGCAUGUUUGUGCUAGACAAGCAGGGUACGAAGUUAUGGAGAUCAAUGCCAGUGAUGACAGGAGUCGGGACGUUGUCAAAAAUCGCAUCCGCACAAGUUUGGGAACAGAAAGCGUCAAGACAGUCAGCAAUACCAAAGACGCCAAUGGUCCGCAAAAGCUAGCCAAACCGGCUUGCGUUGUGGUGGAUGAAGUGGACGGUGUCGUCUCAGGCUCAGGAGGCUCGGGUGAAGGUGGCUUUGUCAAGGCCUUGAUAGACCUGGUGCUACUGGACCAAAAAAACGAGUCGGGUAACACGUCGUCCAACAACUAUGGAAAUAAGAAAAAGAAAAAGGGCGACGACUUCAGACUAUUACGCCCUCUGGUUCUUAUCUGCAACGACGUGUAUGCCCCGGCUCUCCGACCACUUCGACAAUCCAACUUGGCUGAGAUCAUCCAUGUUGGCAAGCCUACCAUGGACUCGGUCGUCAACCGACUAAGUAAGGUCUUUGAGAAUGAAGGCAUCCCCUGCGACAAAGACGCUGCUCGAAAGAUCUGUGAGGCAGCUUGGGGCAUGACAAGCGGCGUUGAUUCAAAAAAGGGAGCUGAGAGCACAGUUGAGGGUGAUCUUCGCGGUGUUAUGGUGGUUGGCGAAUGGGUCGCUGGUCGAUUUCGGGCAUCUGCACCAACUGGCACAGCCCGUCUCACUCGGCAAUGGCUAGAGCGCAAUGUGCUCCAGGAUCUCAACAGCGGCUCUGGUGGUGGUCGUGGUCUGGGUCGUGGCAGCGUCAAGGAUAUUGUUUCAAGGCUCUUCCAAGAAGGAGGUGGUUUUCCUAAACAGGCCAUGGAUUUCUCGGAAACCAAAACUCAGCAUGAACAACCAAAAUCUGAGCUUGGCUUUGGCGAGGUCCGAAAGAAACAUGCCAUGGAGCGACUUCGACAAAUGAUCGACACAAGCGGUGAAAUCAGCCAUAUCAUGACUGAGGUGUUCGCUGAGUAUCCAAAUCGUGACUUCAACGAUGAUCUUUACCUCACCAAACCUGACCAAGCAUACGAAUGGAUGCACUUCCAUGACACUUGCCAAUCUCGUCUUUAUGCCAGUCAAGAAUGGGAGUUGGCGCAAUAUCUCAGUCAACCCGUGCUAGCAUGCCAUCAUCUCUUCGCUUCUCCCAAACGAUAUUUCCCUGGCAAGGGUUACGAUCGCAGAUGGGGUGGUGAUGCUGAGGAUGACGCUCCUCCGAUGCCAUUUUCUGGCCCUCGCGCUGACUAUCAAGCCUUUGAAGCAGAGCGACAGAACAGAUCCCAACUUCAGGCAUUUCAAGCUCAACUUCCGCCCACAUUGAUGCGUUCGUUCCGCAGUGCCGAAGAGGUUUCUGCAGAGUUUCUCCCGUACCUUGCGCGCAUCGUGUCUCCAGAUGUCAAGCCUGUUGUCGUGGGUGGAAGUCAAGGUUCCACGGCCAGUGUGCGCAAAGACUCUGAGCGUGCUAUGGUCAAACGUGCCGCUGAAGUACUCGCCGAGGUUGGCAUUGAGUUGCAAAAGGGAAGAAUUGAGAGUGAUUCGAUGGUCAAUCGAACACCACAAUAUGUGUACCGCUUGGAACCGGAUCUCGAUGUUUUGUCCACGUUCGAGACAGGUGCAUCACUACUUCUACCCUCCGGAGCACCUACGCGAUAUGCGGUUCGCCAAGUCCUUGAUCAGGAAUUGAAACGAACACUCAUAGAACGGGAAGCUAUUGCUCGGCAGGCUCGCUUCCAAGCUGGCAACCCUCUUGGACACGUUGAGAUGCUCAACACCGAUAAGAUUAUGAAUGCAAAGAAACUCGCGCUCGGCGGAGAUGCAGAGGAUGCAACGCUCAUCAAGCGUGAUUUCUUCGGUCGCAUCAUUGAGGCACGAUCACUUGCUGAAGUCACUGGAAGCAGUCAACAAGCGAAGAAAGAAGUAAAGGAACGCAAGGUGUGGGUGACAUAUCAUGAAGGAUUAAAUAAUGCUGUGAGAAAACCGAUGUCACUGCAAGAGUUUAUGAAAGGUCUGUAA